AUGGACCCCAAAAAGCAGAUACUGAAAUUGCCGGAAACAAAAACAACUUUACAUCAAUCCGGAAUAGUCAAAGUGUUUGCACGAAAGGAAAUAGUUCUUAACUUCAACUUAACAAGAGACAUACAAGUAAAAACCGAGCUAGUACACAAUACUUUAUCAAAAGAAGAAUUAUCGAAAUAUAUAAAACAGACACAGUCAAACAGAAAUGUUAACGUUCAAGUGAGCGUCCCGGAGAAUGGAGAGUAUGCUCUAACAAUGCAUUCAAAGCAAAAGAAUGAAAGCGAAUUCAAGAACGUUUGCAAUUAUCUGCUCAGUUCAGAACAUGGAAAGAAAAAGAGGAUUCGAAAUUGGGAGAACCCAAUAGAAAAGAGAACGAGAAACAGUAUACAAUCGAUGGCAAAGUCAAAUGGUACUCGAGACAUAGAAGAACUCGAACUUCAGUUGUCGAGGUUUGAGAAGAUGGAUAUGGACGAUAAAGGUGACCUGACAGCUGGACAAGAUGCUUUAGAACUCAAGAAAGUGAAGAAAGAGCUCGAAGAUGCUAUCAUGCGGCGUCAUCUUCAAACAUUGGACAAAGCAAUAAAGCGCGGGAAAGAAUCACGUUUCCGGGAAAAAGUAAAAAAGCAAAUAAACGAGGCUGAAGAUGUCAGUGAACAUUUAAGACACCUCAACAAGAUCGCGCAUGAUGUUCUCGAAAUGAAACAACCAACAAUAUCAGAGUUAAGAAGCUACAAAUACCCUCCUAAAGUUAUAUUUGAUGUUAUGAAAGCAACGUUUCUUUUGCUUGGAGAUAAAGAAGAGUACGUUGAGGACUGGGAGGAUUUACAGGUGUUAAUGGGUAAGACAGGUAAAAGUGGGAUGUUGAGACGAGUGAGACAAUUUGACACGGUGAAUGUUCAACCUGACACCAAGUAUCGUGUAGAGAAAACAUUAAAUGACCACACAGAGGUUGAGGUUAGACUUGCCAGUGCAGGAGCUGGAACAUUCUACGUCUGGCUGCGAAAUGUGACCAAGGCCAUAGAUUCUGAGGAAGCCAAACAGACAUCUGAGGAGCAAGAGAAUGCUCAAAAUUGAGUGUCAUAUGUAAAACGGAUACAUAUCAUUUUAUAUUCACAUUAAAUGCUGUGUGAUAUACUAUUAUAUUUGCCAUACUGCCUUCUUUGUGAUAAACAUUUUUUUCAAUUUGCAAUAGUUUUCUGAUUUAGGAAUAUGUAAUUAUUUGCAAUACCUUUUUAUUAUUAUUAUUAUUUCAUCUUUUCUGUAUAUCUAUGUGCACAAACAUUUACUGCAUGCAUAAAAUUCUUGUGUCAAUGUCCUUAAUUUCCGUUCUAUUGUCUAGUUAGAUUAGAAGCAUUGUAUAAAAGUGUGUUACCGGCAUUCAUAAAACAAAGCAGUAGAAAAGUUCUUAGAGACAAUGUUUAUUAAGGAAAUCUUUAAGACGUCGUCAUGGUCUAAAACUCCUGUAUUUUCGGCACGUUUACAUUGUUUAUCUUACGGUUACGAAGAUAAAUAUAAGUAUUUUCUUUUAAAGGGUAUCCACUGAGGUUUUUUUGACAUGAUUGAACUGAAAAUAAUUUUUAGAGAUAUAUGUUUCAUUUCAUGUCGAUCUAAGCUCACAACUUGUGUAUACAAUUUCAGAUCAUUCUCUCAUUCUCUCUCUUUCUCUAGAAUAAUUAUUGUAAUUAUGAAAAAUGAUCCAAAAAUUUAAUCGGGCUAAGAAUAGCACAAA